CGAAAUUAAUCAAUCACCCAUUCUACAGAUGAACAGAUUCAUUCGAAUUCGAAUUCAUUGACUCAUCAUUCAUUCAUUCAGAUUGACAAUAGUGCCUGUUUCGAUGUGCCUAAAUUCAAAUUGAAUUUUUUUUUUCAUUAUUGAUUUACAAUCUCAUACUCAACAAGAAAAUGAAAAUGAAACGAAUACAAUCAUCAUCGUAUGUUACGAUUUCAAUCAUCAACAGAUUGAUCAAAUUAAUAUUGUCCAUUUUAAUCAUAUCGAUGAUCGAUCAUCAUCAUAAUCAUAAUAAUCAAGUUAUUGCAUUUAAAUUUACUGAUCGUUUUUGUAAUUUUACUGCUUAUCCAAAACAUGGCUGUGAAGAACCAGAAUUUACUACUUGUAUUGAUAAAAAAUGUGCUUGUCGUGAUGAAUCACAUUUUAUAAUAAUGGGUAGAUUUUGUACGAAAAAAUUAUGUUCAAAUGGUGAAUUUUAUGAUGCAGCUAAAGGAAAUUGUGUUCGACAAAGUAAAGCAAGUGCUGAUGUAACAGAAAAUCAUUGUCGAUAUGAUUAUCAUUGUUUUGGACAACAUGUACAAUGUCGUCAAUAUGGUUGGAAUUAUAAUUGUGUUUGUGAUCCUGGAUUCCGUUAUGAUUCAACUACACAGACUUGUCUACCAACAUAUGGUAUAGGUGGCUAUUGUAUACGUGAUAAUGAUUGUGAUGAAACAUCAUUACGAAAAAUGUAUUGUGAUUUCAAGAAUUUCGAUCAAAAUCAUUCUACAGGUGGUGGUAAUCAUAAUGAUGAUAAUGGAAGAGGUAGUAAUCAACAUUCAAGUGGUACAUGUCAAUGUCAAGAGAAUCAUCGUUAUAAUUAUAAUAUUGAUGGCUGUGAACCAUUAGCCGAUAUUGCUGAACGUGAACAUAAUAUGCGUACAUUGGUACUAUUAUUUGUUGCUGCUGGUCUUAUAUUUGGUCUAGCAUUAACUUGUAAUUUUAGCUUUUUUGGUGUUGGACCUAAACAUCAUGAAUUAUUCUUACAUCAAUUAAAAGCUGAAGAACGAAUAAGACAAAUGAAACGAGAUCGAUUAUCUAGAGCAGAAAAUGGUCAAACAUUUUCAUCAUCAUCAUCAUCAUCAUCACCACCAAUAAGUUUGAAUAAUAAUAAUAAUGAUGAUGGAAAAAAUUUAUCCAUGGUUGAUAAUGAUCGCCAGCCACAAUCAUCGACAACUGUUACAUCAUUGGAUGAUAUUGAAAAUUCAUCAAUAACCAUUGAUGAUGAUAGCUCAAAAAAAUCUGGACCAAAAACAUCGUUGAUUAUGUUUGGAUGAAAAAAAUCCUUUAUUUUUCUACUAUAGACUUUUUGUUCAUUAUUAUCAAAUAUCCAGGCAUUUAUUUUGCUGUUGUUUAAGAAAAAAAAAACAUUUUCA